ACCAAUUGGGUAAAAGAAAUUCAUCAACAAGCUGCUCCGCCGUUGAGGAAUUCUGAAAAACAACAUGAAGAAGCCUCUACUGAACGGAUGGAACAUAAAUCUUUCGAUUUCACACUUUAUCAAGCAUUGUUGGCUUCUGUUUCUGUUAUUGUAGUAUCUGAAUUGGGCGAUAAAACUUGGUUUAUUGCUGCUAUUAUGGCAAUGCGACAUUCCAGGCUAACUGUAUUUUGUGGAGCGAUGUCGGCUCUCAUUUUGAUGACACUUUUGUCAGCUGGAAUGGGAUGGCUUACACAGAUUAUACCGAGACUGUUUACUUAUUAUAUUUCUACAAUUCUUUUUGCGUUGUUUGGUAUUAAAAUGAUAUAUGAUGGCUGGCGAAUGUCUCCCACUAAUGAACAAGAGGGAUAUGAAGAAGCAAAAACUGAAAUUCAAAAGAAAGAUCUGUUGUUAGAUUUAAAAAUUUCUGACUUAGAGAGUGGAGGGCCAGAUAUACAGGAUCAACAUUCCGCCCAAGCGAUUUUAAGUUUCGUGUCUUCACUUUUUGUGGAAACUUUCACUCUUACGUUUCUGGCAGAGUGGGGGGAUCGUAGUCAGUUGACUACUAUAAUGUUAGCAGCUCGUGAAAACAUUUAUGGUGUGGUACUAGGCACAAUAUUAGGGCAUGCUCUAUGUACAGGGAUUGCUGUAAUAGGUGGAAGACUUGUGGCAACUCAAAUAUCUGUCAGAACUGUGACAUUAAUUGGAGGUAUAGUUUUUAUUAUGUUCGCGCUUUCCGCCUUCGUUAUCAAUCCUGAAUAA